AUUGGUACCAGACACAACCACAAGAAAUGUACAUUUGAACAUAGACACCACAAAGACCACCACUCUUCUUGCUAUUUGUCAUGCUAGUUCACAACACAGGAACCAGAUGUUUCACAUGCUACUCUGGUAUUUGUUUCAUGAGUCCGUUGUUGAUAUAGUCCCGAGUGGCACAGUGGUCUAAUGCGAAACAUUUGGGACUAUAUCAACAACAUUUGGGACCACACCAAUAGACAGCUUUUUGGUGGAGUUUUCCUUUAAGCUGUGUAACCCUGAUCCAUUUAAAUUUGAUCAGAUUCCCUAACCAGCUACAAUUAAACUAUUGAUACUUACACUGAUAUCACUUUUCAGUGCUCAGGGCAGCAUUAUUGAUAGACAUCUAGGGCCUCAAAGACAGAGUAGCACAGGAAGUACUGCAUAACCCAUUGGUGAGGUCACUGGUCACAUGACAGGAAGAAUGAAGGCAACUACCUGUCCAAUCACGUUAUGGGACAGCUUGUCCCCAUAUCCCCUUACAUGGUGUCUCCAUUAUUCAUUAGCCCUGAGCUGCACAGCUGAAUGACUCUACCUGUUUGAGAGACAUCUAUUCAGAACAACUGUCCACCUGUGCAGAACUUCCCAAUGUGAACUCACCAAAGCCAAGAAAAAGAGAACAAACGUAUUUAAUAGUGUAAACUAAAGGAUUCACAUUUGCCUGGACAGCGGACACUUACAGUCUACCUGUUGCUGCCUUAAAUUUCCAGCAGUGACUCCUGCACCCGUCUGCUGUUCCUUGGUCACCGGUAUGUUCGCUGCGGCGACUAAGAACUUUGUGAAGCAGGUGGGAGACACAGGUCGGUUGAUCCCUGUACCGAGCCUGAGUGAGGCUGACCGCUACCAACCCCUCAGCCUGGUCACCAGGAAGAGGAAGAGACACUUCUGGAAGAAAACCAAGUACGCCUCAACCCCCUUCUCCCUGAAAGACAUCCUGGUGGGGGAGAAGGAGAUCACAGCAGGGGUGUCGUCAUACCAGCUCCUGAACUAUGAGGACAAGUCUGACGUGGCCCUGAACGGCAGAUUAGGGAACCACCUGAUGAACGACGUGGGGUUCAACAUCAGUGGUUCAGACUCUGUGGCUGUCAAAGCCUCCUUUGGGAUCGUCACCAAACACGAGGUAGAGGUCCCAACUCUGCUCAGGGAACUCAACUCCAGGAAAGUGGAUCUGGAUCACUGUCUGAUUCGUCAGUCCAAAGAAAGUGGGCGGAGUGUUCUCUGUAUUGUCAUGGAGAGCAUCCGUACGACGCGUCAGUGUUCUCUCACUGUCCACGCUGGCAUGAGACGGACGACUAUGAGGUUUCAGAUUGAUGAUGGUCAAAACCCCAAAGGUCGAGACAAGGCCAUAGUGAUCCCAGCUCACACCACCAUCGCAUUCAGCAUCUUUGAACUGUUUGUUCGAUUGGAUGGACGACUUGACGACAGGACGUUUGAGGAGCUCACCCACACCCACUCAGACACCUACAUGGACGACGUAGUGACAGACUACUAUGAAAAGGCAGCCAGCAUGACGGACGUCUCCUCCACCUACCUGAGAGGGGACUCCCACUCCCGUGUCAACCUCCUCAACCACAACAUCCCCAAGGGCCCCUGUGCCCUGUGUGGCCGGGGCCAGACACCGAGGGAGACGGUAUACGGCUGUCUGGAGUGCUCCUCCGGCGGGCACAAGUACGUCAGGCUACACGUGGUGCCUUGUUUCGACCUGUGGCACAAGACGCUCAGCUGAAGAGAUGGACUCAGGAAGAGAGAGGGAGGGAGAGAGAGGGGUCAUCCCUGAUUAGACAUAGUACCUACCUAAUAGCCCUGUGCCAUACUGACAGUCAGAAAACUGGAGCUGGCCAAUGUCUGUAGUACUGUAUCUUAUUUGGAGCUGCCCUCCACUCCCCCUCAAUGGAUCCUCCCAAGUGACUCCCUCCGUUAGUCUACAUUAGUCUCUACUCUAUUCCAUCUCUAUUCCAACUAUUUCAUCUACACUUGACCUUGUUUUGGCCUCAUUCUGCUGGUUUCAAAGUGUGUCAUCAGGUCUUUUGGGUCAUCACCUGACGUUCAGUGUUUGUAGUGGGGUGUUUUGACCUCAUCAGGUCAGUGGGACAUUGUAAUGGUGAAAAGAGAGUGAAGAGGCUGUAAAUCUACAUUCAUAUUGCCAUGGUUACGUGACAUGGAUUCUCCUUUGUUGUUAUGUUUUUGUGACAUUUCGUUUUCUAUGGCUGGAUUAUUUAUUUUUAAAUAAAGAUU